AUGCACGAACAUGUCAGAGAAGGCAUACUGCCAGAGAAGAUCCCUACACCUCAAACUAACAAUCUACUUAUCGGAGCGGUUGCGAACCCCGUCAACCUCAAUUUAAUGUUUGAACAUAUCCCCCGGAGAGUCCAUCUCUCCUUAUUAUUUGUCGGGGAAUUGCUUCUCCCUGAAUUAACCCUAGAAGCUAUAUCCCCCAGCACACUGCUCUCUUUGGGAACGCAAACUGCGACAAGAGUUUCGUGCGUUAAUACCCUCGCGAAUGUGAGUUUUGACCCUGCGAUGAACGACGAGAUUGCGGCGUGGUUCCUUUCCUUGCUGAUGCCCGGUGCCAUACUUUUCAAUAUAGAUAUGGAUGACUUGGGAGCAGAUGAUUCUUACACCCGGUGUCUCGCCGGGCUCGCAGCGAAAUUAUUGCUUUCAUACAGCAAUGAACCUAGAUGGAAUAGUAUUACCCCCCGAACCCUGCAUUUAGUCGAGCAGACUAUAGUAAACGCUGGGACCGAGGCUGGGAUAAUCGAAGGAGCACGAGGGCAGGGUGUCAAUCCCCUUGAUAGGGUCGUCCCUGUACCCCAAGCUCGGUUAACCAGAUUUGACUUGUUACGCACUACUGAGAAUGGAGGAGGGUGGCGGAACGGAGAGGAAUGGAGAGAUAUGGUGUUUCUCCCCCUUCAGUACCUUAUAUACAUUGUCAACGUAGGCAGCUUCAAGCUACUAACCUAG